UGUAAAUGCUAAUUAACUACAUAAAUGGCUCUGGUCUGGCAGAGAGGUGAAUCUCAUUGCCUGUUCACAUUUCUUCAAGGUUACCUACUCUCCUCCCAUGAAGUCAAGAAACUGGAAAGUAGAACCCGUUACAUCGAAUUCUUUGAUGGAGAAAUCGCCACAUUUCUUCAAGGUUAUCCUUCCCUCUACCCUGGCAGAGAAGAAGCUGGGGAUUCCAGAAAUGUUUGUAAAGAAGUUUGGGAAUGAACUUGCUGAUAUUGCAACGCUGGAAGUUCCCAAUGGUCAGGUUUGGCUGGUGAGGCUGACAAAAGAUGGGAGGAAAAUUUGGUUUCAGGAUGGUUGGGACGACUUUAUUCAACAUCAUUCAAUCUCUGUUGGAUACUUCUUGGUUUUCAAAUAUGUGAAGAAUUCAACAUUCCAGGUUCUUAUUUUCGAUUCGACUGCUUGCGAAAUUUACUAUCCAUAUAAUGCAAUGGAAGCUAACCCAGAAUGCAAUGCGGACAACUCAAAUUUGAAGCCUGGAAACAAGUGUAAAAUGGUUAAAAAGGCAGAGAUAAAUGAAUCAGAUUAUGAGAAUACACAUAAUUUUUUAGCUUUACUUGAAGAAAUGGGAAUCUACAUUACUAUUAAAUGUAGCUUUCUCUCUAAAGAAGACAGACAGAGAGCAAUCCACUUCGCCAGAUUGUUGAAGCCAAGAAAUCCUUCUUUCAUGGUUAUUUUACGAUCUCAUAAGAUGAACGAACCCCGUGUGAUUGUGCCAAUGAAAUUUGUGGACAAGUAUUUAGGUAGAAACGUCAGAUGGAUUAAACUACAGGCUUCUGAUGGAAGAGUUAUGUGUGAGGUCCAAAUCAGGCAGGUGAUUUGCAGAAGUUUUCUUUUAACAAAGGGAUGGUGUAGAGUUUUAAAAGAGGAGAACUUGAAGCAAGGAGAUAUCUGUGUCUUUGAGCUCAUCAAGAUGAAAUACUUGAUUCUGAAACUUUCAGUAUAUCAUGCAGCUGAAACGUUAAUAUGAAAAUGAAGAUGAAGAUGUUUUUGUUAGCCAAUGUUUAAGGAAUUUAGAGCUCAAAUAUGUUCAUAAUCUUUUAAAAGAGUGUAUUAAACAGCAACAUUGAGCCCUUCCCAAUU